ACCUCUGCUUUGCUGGCUUCAAGCUCUCCAUUGUUGCUCUUUUAUGGGGCUUGUCUGCCUGUGAGUGAGAGAGAAAGUGAAAGAGAAAAGAGAAAAGAGGGGUUUCAGUUCAGUUCUCUAUACCUUUCUUUUUCAGAGAACCCUUUUAUUUCAGUCUCCCACUCUCUGUUCUUCAACAACAAAUUCAUCGUUUCCCAUAAUCCAGAGCACAAAAAGCAGCCAAACCCACUUCUGUUUCCUCGCCCUUUCGUCUAAUUUUGAUGGAUCCACAGAUCUAAUGCCCUCAGACCCCACGAUCUUCUUCCUUUUGCGAGAUCCUCGUCUUCUUCCUCUGCUCAUUCAUGGGAGCUUCCACUGAGCUGAUAACUUCUAUGUGGAGAUUUUGGAGGGUUGUUUGGGUGGGAUGAGGGAUGUUCUCAGAGUUGAUGAACUUUCUGAGAUCUUGUUUUCGACCAAGGUCGAAUCGACAUGUGCACAAAGGUUCAGAUGCUGGGGGUCGCCAGGAUGGUCUGUUGUGGUACAAAGACAGUGGGCAGCACGCCAAUGGUGAGUUUUCAAUGGCGGUAGUUCAGGCUAACAAUUUACUUGAGGAUCAAAGCCAGAUGGAGUCGGGCAAUUUGAGCUUGCACGAGUCCGGCCCGUAUGGUACCUUUGUUGGUGUAUAUGAUGGGCAUGGAGGGCCCGAGAUGUCUCGCUAUGUGAAUGAUCACCUUUUCCAGCAUCUUAAAAGGUUUACUUCAGAGCAACAGUCCAUGUCAGUGGAUGUCAUACGAAAGGCAUUUCAAGCUACCGAAGAGGGGGUUAUCGCUCAAGUUUCAAGAGAAUGGUCAAUGAGGCCACAAAUCGCAGCUGUUGGAUCUUGCUGCCUUGUUGGUGUAAUUUGUGGUGGAACCCUUUACAUUGCUAACGCAGGUGAUUCCCGUGCUGUUUUAGGGAGAGUCGUAAAGGCGACAGGGGAAGUUUUAUCCGUUCAGUUAUCGACUGAGCACAAUGCAGCUAUAGAGUCUGUGAGGCAAGAGCUUCGUGCCCUGCAUCCCGAUGACUCUCAUAUUGUAGUUUUGAAGCAUAAUGUAUGGCGUGUGAAGGGCCUUAUACAGGUUUCUCGAUCUAUUGGUGAUGUCUAUUUAAAGAAAGCUGAGUUCAACCGAGAGCCUCUUUAUGCUAAGUUCCGCCUUCGUGAACCUAUCAAAAAGCCCAUACUGAGCGCGGAACCGUCUAUUUCAGUGUUGCAAUUGCAGCCACAGGAUCAGUUCAUUAUAUUUGCUUCAGAUGGCCUCUGGGAACACCUUAGCAAUCAGGAGGCUGUCGACAUUGUCCAAAACCAUCCGCGUAGUGGAAGUGCAAGGAGGCUGGUGAAAGCAGCACUGCAAGAGGCAGCCAAGAAGAGAGAAAUGAGGUACUCCGAUUUGAAGAAGAUUGACCGCGGCGUAAGGCGACACUUCCACGAUGACAUCACAGUGGUUGUCGUGUUUCUCGACUCGAACCUUGUGAGCCGGGCUAGCUCUACAAAAUGCACAAGCCUAUCCGUGCGAGGGGGCGGAGUCAACUUGCCUCCAAACACACUGGCCCCUUGCACCACACCAUCAGAGACUGGCAUGGCCUGAUUAGGCUAUAAUCAUCUCAUGUUUGUCUGUUGUAAUGUUCUCAUAUGUGAAUACCAGGUAGCAGCUUCCAACAGAGAUAAAGUGGAGCCAGGCAUCAAUCCCUUUACUAUACACUAUAACUCUUAACUUAAAAAGAAAAAAGAAGGAAAAAAGAAAAGCUUCAGCUUUCUGUCCAAAACCAGAGCAACUGAAGUAGACAGCUUCAAGUUGUCUGUAACUGUAGCUAAUUCCUUGGCAUAUUUCUUAUCCUUCCAAUGAUUUUUUUCCCUCUUUCUUUUUACCCAUUUUGCUCAGUGCUUAGCUCUUGUAAAUUGUAUGUAUGACUAUGGAAAUUCAGUUUUGCUUGUUUUGAUCUGUGUCAAUUCAUGCUAAACUGCCUAAUCUGUCAUUACAUCUGCACUUGCCUAUUUAUGAAACCAAUUGAAUGAUUGAUUGUUA